AACCCAUGGGAUCUCAUCUUCUUUCAUCAGCAACUUUCACAAAUCAAUUCUCCUUUUUACAAACAAAAGACAAAGCAAGAGUUUCUCUUAUUUCUCCAAUUUGACCCAAAAGAAGAAAAAGAAAGAGAAAAGAUGAGUUCAAGAAGCAAAGCAUGGUUAGUGGCAGCAACCAUCGGAGCCGUGGAGGCCUCGAAAGACCAAUUAGGACUAUGCAGGUGGAAUUACAUGAUCCGAUCGGUGAAUCAACGUAUCCGAAACAACGUGAGAUCCGCUGCUCAGGCGAACAGGUUCUCUUCUUCGUCCACGACCGCCCUUGCCUCCUGCAAGGAUUGUGACAAGGCAAAGCAAGCUGAGGAGUCUCUCAGGACCGUCAUGUACUUGAGCUGUUGGGGUCCUAAUUGAUGAAGACAGAUUAAUUCAGAUUUUUACUUUUGCUUUGCGGUCGAUUGGAUCCGACAGGUUGUAUCUAUGUGGCGGGAGCUAUGAAAUCAAAAUCCUAAAUAGACGCUAUGAGUUUUUGGGGUUUUGAUGGGUUCUUUCGGGAUGCAAUCAAAUAACGGAUUCGAACUGUAUAAGGCAAAAUGAUACUUGUACAGAAUUCAGGGAUGAUUAUAAGAGUUAAUGUAAAUCCUGCAUGUUACUGGAAAAUAUAGAGCUUUCUAUGA